CACACAACAGCAAUUGUUGCUGCUGCUGUUAGUUUGCCUUGUCAUGCGGCAGCAACAACAUCAUCAAACAAACAGUCAGAACAAUUUGACAUUUCUAAAAUCAAAUUACAAAUACAAGCGCAGAGACAGGCGGACAAUGCGCGCACUUCCGUUCGCAGCGCGCCAGCCAAACCAAUUAGCGGCAACAUUGUCAAAGACGUCAGCAACGGCAGCAACUGUGGCAACAGCAACAGCAACGGCAACUGCUGCUGCUGCUGCUCGCGAAUGUAGCACAAUUCCAAGUUUAUUUAUAGUAAUCAUAUGGAUGGCUUUGCAGGCGAUGGCCAAUUGCCUGCGCUAUGCUCGACGCAUAAUUGUUGAUCAUGAUGAUGAUGAUCGCGAUGAUCGUGAUGAUGUUGCUGCUGGCCAUGACCAUGACGUCAAUACACAAAUACUAGCGCAUGCACGCAAUACGCACGCCGGCAACAACGACAACAUUGACGCUAAUGACGAGGUGUCAACGGCACGUGAACAACAACAGCAGCAGCAGCAGCAACAGCAACACCAGCAGCAACAGCAGCAGCCACAUUUAUCUAGUUCUAGUCCACAAAAGAGCAGCCGCUGCAAGGCAGCAACAACAACAACAGCAACAGCAACACGCGUCAUGUUGCCGGCAGCAGCAGCAGCAGCAACAGCCAAGUCUGGACAGCCAUUGAUGACUUUGUUAAUUGCAUUGCUGCUGAGCAUGCGGCACGCAUCGGCUGGCACCUGUUGGCAGUCGCAUAUGGGCAGCGGUAAAUGCACUCAAAUCUAUUCAACAAACAUCACAAAAUCGGAUUGCUGCGGCGCCAGCCAGACCUUCUCCUACACGGAUCGAGAGCUGAGCAGCGUCGAGCAUUUCUUUGCCACAGCCAUCGGAGGCGGCGUUGAGUGUGCGCCAUGCAUAGAGAGCUGCAAGGGUUUCAAAUGUGGGCCAAACAAGAAAUGCGUGAAGCGCAAGGGCAGGCCAAAAUGUGUGUGUGCGCCCGAGUGUGGAGCGACAUUGCGCCGGAAGCAACAGCAGCAGCAACAGCAGCAGCAGCAGCAAAAGCAACAGCAGCAACAUCACAAUGCACCGGAGCAACAGCAGCAACAACAGCAACAACUGUGGGCGUCAUCGUUGCGCGGUUCACGUAGUCUAAGUAGCGAAAUUACAAACAGCAAUUUAGGUUUAGAUGGCGCCAAACGCCAGCAUAAACAAAGCGACAACAGCAACAGCAGCAACAACAACGGCGCUGAUAACCAAAGAAAACAACAGCAGCAACCAAGCCAAGAGCAGCGUAUGCCAAAGCGAGCGAGUCAUAGUCGAGGAACGGAGCAGGGCGAGACGAGGCACAGAAGACUUUUGAUUAUAGACAGCAGCAAUUUGCAAGAGCAGCCCACAACCAGACGGCUGCACAUGGAGGGCAGCAGCAGCAGCAGCAGCGGCGGCAGCGGCGGCAGCGGCAGCGGCAGUGGAGGCCGAGUGCAAAUGCAGAUGAAGGUAGAAAUGGAAAGAAUGACGCCGACUUGGAGCAGCAGCGAGCGGCGCAGACAUAGGAAAAAUAACAGCAGCAACAACAAUGGCAAACACUUAACAAGAUCAAUGACGACAACAACAGCAGCAGCAGCAGCAGCAACAGGAGCCAAUGACUCGUCCACGACGCCUGCGCAGACAUCUCAGUCUAGACACAAGUUGGCAAAUGCUAAUGAACCCGCCAACGACAUUAAUAGACAGACGUCGCCAAAGCGAGUCAGACACCAGCAGCAGCAGCAGCAGCAGCAACAUGCUCCAAAUCACGACCAACAAUACGAGCAGCAGCAGCAGCAACGACAGCAGCAGCAGCAGCGCAGGCGUAAGCACAAGCACAACCGCAAGGAUCAACGACGAACGGCAGCAAAUACCACAAUGUCUGGCUUGGGCUCCGUCGCUGUCUCUGGCGGACGUCGUCGCUUGUAUUUGCCUGAACACGGAAGUGAAUUGGCUGCGUCAUCAGCGGGCAACAGUCACGGCCACUUGGCUAAUGCCGAUGAUUUGGCAUUUUUGCCAGCAAUUUAUGAACGAGCGCCACUGAAACACCAACAAAAGCAACAACAACAACAGCAGCAGCACACGAAUCCGGUUUGCGGCAACGAUGGACGCACCUACAAUACCGAAUGCCAGCUGCGCAAACGCGCCUGCCGCACCAACAACGCCCAAUUGGAGGUCGCCUAUCGCGGCCACUGCAAGACUAGCUGCAAUGGCGUCCAGUGCGUAAAUGGCCUGACCUGCGUCGAGGAUCAAUACAUGAUGCCCCACUGCAUCACAUGCAAAAUCGAGUGUCCCUGGGAUGACAUCGCAUACGAUCUGGACGGCGACGGGCAGCCGGACGAGGCACCCAUUGUCGAGGAGCGGGCUGUCUGUGGCGUGGACGGGAAGACAUAUCGUAGCACUUGUGAUAUAAAGCGUAUGAUUUGCAAAAUUGGACGAUCAAUUGCUGUGGCAUAUCCGGGUCCAUGUCGUGCGGACCGCGUCACCUGUGCGGACAUCAAGUGCGGCCCAAAGGAUACCUGCCUGGUGGACCUGCAGACGCAUAUGCCCCGCUGCGUCUCCUGCCGCUACAAAUGCGCACGCAAACAGCAGCGAACGCCAUUUAGAGCGGAUAAAAUCUGUGGAUACAACAAUCACACAUACAACUCGUGGUGUGAGAUGCGCAAGGAUUCGUGUGCCACGGGCUUCUUCAUAGGCGUUCGCUCCACGGGCGUCUGUUAGAUCAAAUUAGCAAAUUAUUAACAA